AUGUCCACGCAAGCAGCUAUGGGCAACUCUGUCCCCUCCCCCCAAAAGAUCGAGAAGAAGCCGGUCAAGUUCAGCAACUUGCUACUCGGUGCCGGCCUAAACAUGUUCGAGGUCACCACACUCGGCCAGCCCCUGGAGGUGGUCAAGACCACCAUGGCGGCCAACAGAAAAGACACCUUCGCCGGCGCUAUGGGAAGGAUAUGGGGUCGUGGAGGUGUUCUCGGCUUCUAUCAGGGUCUUAUUCCUUGGGCAUGGAUUGAAGCAUCGACGAAAGGUGCCGUUCUCCUCUUCGUCGCCUCCGAAGCCGAAUACUACGCAAAGACGUUUGGUGCCAACAACUUUGUCGCUGGUAUCAGCGGUGGUAUGUUCGGAGGUUUGGCGCAGGCAUAUGCGACCAUGGGUUUCUGCACGUGCAUGAAGACAGUCGAGAUCACUCAACACAAGCUCGCCGCGCAGGGCAUCAAGCCUCCCUCUACAUUCAAGACUUUCGCCGACAUCUACCGGAAAGAGGGUAUCCGUGGUAUCAACAAAGGUGUUAAUGCUGUAGCCAUUCGCCAAGUCACCAACUGGGGCUCUCGCUUCGGUCUGUCUCGUCUGGCUGAGAACGGCAUUCGCAAGACCAUGGGCAAGGAAAACGGUGAAAGACUGAGCGCUAUCGAGCGUAUCACCGCAUCCGCGCUUGGUGGUGGUCUUUCCGCCUGGAACCAGCCUAUUGAAGUCAUCCGCGUAGAGAUGCAAAGCAAGACCGAGGAUCCCAACCGCCCAAAGAACCUAACUGUCGGCAAAACUCUCAGAUACAUCUACAGUCAGAAUGGUGUCCGCGGCCUUUACCGCGGUGUGGCUCCCCGUAUCGGACUGGGAGUCUGGCAGACCGUGUGCAUGGUUGCGCUCGGCGAUAUGGCCAAAGAGGCGGUCGAGAAGCUAACCGGUGAGGCCGUAACCGCGAAGCACUAA